AUGGCAGGCUCACCGGGUCCCAGUGCCCUGCAUAGCUCAUUCGAUCUGAUACAUGCUCGCAGCUGCCACAAAUGUAAUCAGAGGAAGACCCGCUGCAGCAAGACGCUUCCAUGCACUAGUUGCUUCAAGCUAGGAGUGGAAUGUGUCUUUCCGCCUCCAGGCCGAGCACCUCGCAGAAAAAAGAGAGCCUUGAAAGCUGAGUUGGUUUCGCGAGUGAAGUAUCUGGAAAAUCGGCUCCAAGGUCUUGGCGAGGAAGCCAAGCGUCCUCAGACUCCUCACUCCAAUCAUGGUGAUUCAAACACGGAAGACAUAUCCCUGAUCAGCGAUGUCGUCUCGCCCUUGAAGUUCCCGAAGGACAAAAAAAUCACAAGUGGAAAAAACGGUCCAUUUGGACAGCUAAUAACGGAUGACGAGGGGAGACAAUACGUGGAGCAUGAAGCUCUCAUUGGUUUUCAGAAUGAGAUAACAAGCAUCUCCAGCAGAGAACCAUCAACUAGAGAACCAAAGGAGAGCCACUCCCAAGGGAAAACCUCAAGUACAUGCAUGUUCGGCUUUCGCGCUCUUGCAAAAUCUCUUCAUGGACUGAAUCCACCACCACUCACCAGCCGCCUUUUAUGGGGCAUUUACGAAAGGAAUGUGGCACCAUUGGUCUCAAUUCUUCACAAACCAACUAUCCAUCGACUGGUCAGGAAAGCAGCCACCAAUGCUGAAUUUCUCGAUUCAACCGAUGAGGCACUGGUAUUUGCUGUAUACUUUGCCGCUAUUGCGAGCAUGAAACCUGAAGACUGUCUAGAGAAAUGGAAGACCGACCAUGAUACGCUCGUUCAACAUUACCGCUUUGCAACGGAGCAGGCCCUGGCUCGGGCUGACUUCCUCAAAACACGCAGCCUGGUUGUAUUGCAAGCUUUGAUGGUGUUCUUGACUGCUUUAUGGCGGGCCGAAGAUGGGCGCUUCGUUUGGGCCAUGACAUCUGUUGUGUACAGACUCGCACAGGGGUCGGGUCUACACCGAGAUGGAUCGAAACUAGGCCUGAGCCCUUUUGAAACAGAGAUGCGCCGACGGCUAUGGUGGUACAUCUACCUUCUCGAUGCACAAUCAUCAGAGGCACAAGCCAUCGGUCGUUUAAUUUAUGAAGGAACCUACGAUACCAAGCUUCCACUUAAUGUCAACGAUGACGAUAUUUUCCCGGAGGCAAUGGAGCCAUUUACAGAGCGCACUGGGUUUACCGAAAUGACAUUUUGUCUCAUCCGAUGCGAAAUCAACAUCCGAUCCCGUCAGUUGUGCGGAAAUACAAAGCCUAGUCUUACACCGAGGCGGCCAGGCAUUGAAGAGACUGAAAACAACUUGAACGAGAUCAACUCCUUCAUGGAAAAGACCCACCUCCAAUUCUGUGAUUUGAAUGUGCCAAUCCAAUGUACUGCAGCUACGAUAACACGGAUUGCGCUGGCGCGGUCAUGGCUCAUUGCCCAUUUCACUCUCAUUACCAACGGCGAACUAAGCACGGACCGGUGGCAACAGCGGCGGGAGACUCUUUUUCAAACCGCCAUCGAUGUUCUAGAGUUCACCCAUUUGCUGGAAACAAGCACAGAGACAGCAGAUUGGAUCUGGCUAUUCAAGAUGUAUCGGCAGUGGCACGCACUAGUCUUCAUUCUAUCCGAAAUAUGCGUGCGACCAGCAUCGACCAUCGCAGACCGCGCAUGGUUGAUAGCGAAUCUGACGUUUCAACAUUGGCAACAGGAUGGACCUCCGAAAGGCUGGGUUCUUUGGAAGCCACUCUCGCGUCUAUUUGAACGCGCUACCUCAAAACGAACAGAGCAACAAGGUGUACUAGACAUUGAGCAGCUGGAGAAGGAUCUACAGCUGCCAGUUUCGUUUUCUGUGGACUCAUUGCAAAUUUCGCCUGUUUGGGCUUCCCAGAACCCAGGCCUCGGCUCCAUGGAACAGAUGCCAGCAGCGGGUAUUGACACUUCAUCUAUGGACAUAUAUCGAGAGAUAAUGCGAGAUGCUGGUUCAAUAUUUGAUUGGGAUGAUAACCAGGCCUGA